AUGGAUCUAAGCAAGGCUUAUGAUUCUGUUGAUUGGUAUUUCUUGGAGGAUCUUUUGAACGGUUUCUAUGGGAUGAAAGGCUUACGUCAAGGUGAUCCCAUAUCUCCUCUUUUAUUUGUUUUGGUCAUGGAUUAUCUCACUAGAUUGCUGGUUCAGGCUGCUCGACACAAGGAAUUCCGUUUUCACCCGCUUUGUAAGCGGCUGGAACUUGUCAACUUAUGCUUUGCAGAUGAUCUCAUCAUCUUUUGUAAAGGUUCUUUUAGGUCUGUUCAAAUCCUCCAUGCUAGUUUCACCAAAUUUAGCCCAGAUUCGGGUCUUAUAGCGAAUUUAUCUAAAUCCCACAUUUACUUUGGUGGAGUUCCUUUGGCUGAAAAGAAGAGAAUCAUGGAGUGUUUUCACAUUGAGGAAGGGUCUUCUCCACUAAAAUAUCCGGGUGUGCUUCUUAGGCCUACUAAAUGGAAGGCGGAGGAAUGUGGUUUGAUCAUUAAGAAGGUUUAA